AUGUCGCCACUCCCCGAGCAAUAUCAUAUUUCUAUCUACAGUAAUUUCCAAUAUUUUGCGCUUCUGUUGUCAACGAUUAUGGUGGUCCUAACAUUGAUUGUUGUGGCGAAAGCGUCGCCCAAAAAUAUGGGUGUUUAUCAGUGGUUCAUCUUCAACGAAGUUAUCGGGAGCUACGCCUUCGACGCGGCCUAUCUUUUGUUCCAACCAGUGCUCAUAUUGCCUUACAGCUGCGCAUACACGGCUGGUCCGUUUCGCUAUGCAAAUUACAAGUUCACAAAAAUGCUGGUUGCUAUUGUUCUGUGUUUGGCUUAUUACAAAUUCGUCUCCUUGACGGCGGCGCUGUUCUAUCGAUAUUUAAAGUCGUUGCCGCCGAAUGGAAAGCGAAGACUCAACUUUUUGGAUUACUCUAGAUGGGUAAAUGCGAUGCUGAUUGUUUUUGUCUGGCUACUAUUGAUUACGAUCAUGUUGGUAAGUGCAAACUGUAGCUAGACUGUUUUGUAAAGCGUUGAUUUUGAUGUCAAUGGCCCGUACAGCUACUUUUAAAUCCACUUUUCCUUGGGAAGCGAAAUGCCAAAAAAGGUUUUUUUUGUCUCCUGCCACAAAAAAAGCGAUAAUGCCGAAAGAAAUAUCGUAAUGAUUGGUACUCGUGUAGAUAUUUUUUCUCCACCUUUAUUGAAAAAAUAGGCAAAGUCAAUUUCUGCACGUUUUGUUGUGUAAAAGACGCGAUUUAAAAAUAGAUGUACUGUCUAUGUACUAUAACCUUUUUAAUAUUAUAUUAUAUACGUAUUAUAUAAAUAUUUAUAUGUAUUGACAAACAAAGUCUGCUAGCAACCAACAAUUAUCUCUACAGCCGUUCGGAAGCCACAUGACAAACAUUACAUAAAUAUAACACAUUUUAAGGCGGCUCUCUCCAAAGCAGAGAUAGGACAAGAACACGUCAAAUUCUACGUUUCCUCCAAAUCGCAAGUUUACGCUUUUGUCACGCAUAACGAGCCAUCGUUAAUUUGCUAUUGGCUCAACCUGGAAGCCGGGAAAUUUGGCGAGAAUGGCGCUUACGUUCUGGUGGCACUCCUCAUCAUCUACACUCUCUUCAUUAUCAUCAUCUUUGUGUUGGCCUAUCUAACCGUUCAGAAUUUUUUGAAAUCAGAGAGCAGUGUAAUGCACUUGUCAUUCCAGCGGGUUCAUCGAAUUCUGCUAAUCUCUUGGGGACUUCAGCUCUCAAGUCUCGUAAUUUUCAUUGGAAUCCCUUUUGGGGUUUUAAUUUUAAUGUUGAUUUUCCAUCCAUCAUACGAAAACUAUUUGUCGCUGGUCACGUUAAGCAUGUGUGGACUUCAUUCAAUGGCGGAAUGCGCAAUAUUACUAAUUGUAGUCACUCCAUUCCGUAAUUACAUCAGAUGGGAAAUCUUGAAACGCAAAUCACGGCGUGAUAUUGCUGUACGGGUUGUGUAUAUUAGUGGGAAGGCAAGAAGUAUGAUCGAUAAUCGCAGUGUUCACAGUGUUAUCUAAUAAACGGCUUUGAGAAAAUUUUGGUGGUUUUACUAGCGUGUAUUUUCUAGUAUAGGACAGGUUCUCCAAGAAUGAGUCUACAUACAAUGUUCUUGAAUUGAGUUUUUACACUUUUGUAAGAAUGCCAACAAAUAAGGGGGAUCGAACAGUAAAAAUUAUGACAUAACAUGUUCUGUUUAUUUUAACGGACAAGGGAUUUUUUCACGGAUUAUUUGUAGUCGUGUAAGUAGAAUCUACAGUGGCGGCCUGAUCCAGUGGCAAAAAGCGUUUCAUUUUGCGUCCGGGAAGUAUCAGUAAAUAUCGAAAAAUACCUUCCUCUCCAAGUGAAGAACUCCUAUUCCAAAAGAACGACUUUCAAAUCGGAAGUUUUUCACUUAGAGAGGGAGGCAUUUUGCGACAUUCCUUGAUACCUCCUGGAUGCAAAAUGUUACUUUGUUGUCACUGUUCCGCUAUUGUAAAGGGUUAAAAUGAAAGGUCGUAGAAUAUAGCCCAAGGAUUCUCAACCUUGGAACGCCUAUAACGCUUAUUGUUAGUUUCUCUGGCGGAGGUAACGGUCGUACAUAGAUUUGCACUUUUCGGGUACAAUUUUAGCAUGAAACCUUUGGGAACAUGCAUUAUUUCAGAUGAACCCAAAAAUCAUUUUUUGAAUAUGCUCGGCUGCCGCAGCGAGACAUAAUCGCCUUUUAUGGAUUGUAUUACACAUAAUAUUAAGUCAACUGACUAAGUGGUUCAAUAAAUAUUCGAGGUUCAUAGUACGAUUCAAUUAAUGGUUAGCGUAAACCUAACAGUCCAGCUGCUCUUUGUUAAUCACAUCGCUUUUUUCAACGUCCCGUCUAGUGGUCUUUUAACUCUUGGACCAUUUGUUCUUCUGUUUCUUUAUCAACGUACAUAUGUCAGGGUUGCCAACUCCGAGAAAUGUCGCCUUUUACGGUCAUAUUCAAGACCUCUCGCUGCUUUUGUCCACAGUUAUUGUCGGCUGCACAUUGUUCGUUGUCGCCAAGGCCUCUCCCAAAACUAUGAGCGUUUACAAGUGGUUCAUCUUCAAUGAAGUUAUUGGCAGCUACCUAUUUGAUGUUGCGUAUCUUACGCUUCAGCCAGUGCCACUACUUCCAUUCAGUUGCGUCUAUUCGGCCGGGCCAUUUCGACAGGCAAAUUUCAAGCUGACUAGUGCUUUUGUGAAGGCCGUUCUCUGCCUGUCGUAUUACAAAUUUAUUUCGCUUACGGCCACUUUGUUUUAUCGAUACUUGAAAGCAUUGCCCCCUGUUGGAAACGGGCUACUAAUGUUUUUGGAUUUUCCACGAUGGUUUAAUAUCUCUUUAAUUGUACUUGCUGGCGUGUUGAUGGAUUUGAUGAUGACGGUAAGCCGCCAGAAAAUGUUUCAAGAGCAAGUUGGCCAAAAGAGGCGCUUAGUUUUAAAAUAAGUUAUGAGCCGAAAUAUAUAGAUCAGGGCUUCAGAAAUGGUCGAAUUUGAGGUCAAGCUCAAAAACUAUCGAGCUUGAAUUUGAACUUGACCCUCAGCUUGAACUCGUGAAAGUUCUGGAGUUCAAGUUCAAGGUCUCACGUUCUGGACCUGAGCGUGGGCUUCGCUUUUGACAAAGAAAGAACUUUUAUGGGGGCUCCUACUUUUAGACGGGACAUACCUCAAAAAAUCCGAAAAAUAAUGCUGAUAAAGAAGAAUAUGGGUUUAUGUAGGAGUUUCAGUCAACCUGCGAUUGAUUUUUCACCCCAAAAACAUAAAAUUGAGCAGCUAAUUUUUAAAUAUUCUUGGUCAGCACAAGGAAUUUUUGUUUCGUCUAAAAGUAGGAGACUCCAUAAAAGUAACACUUUCCUUGUAAAAAUUGUCCAACAUAAGUGUGAACUAGGGCUUCUAUUUUUGUGGAGCCCUGUCUAAUCUCCAUAAUUUCACUCGACGGAUAUUUUUUUCCUUCAUAAAAAAAUCAUUAAACUUUAGACAUCAAUAAUCUUUGCAGACGACAUUCGCGCAACUCGAGAUUCCUCAAGAUGAAGUGAAACAUAACAUCUCCCUGAUUUCGAAAGAAUUCGCCUAUGUCGUCCAAAACGAGAACUCGCUGAUCUGUUAUUGGCUGGAAGAUCAGAGAUAUGGCGGGCAUGCGGUGUACUUCCUUGCCGCCGUUGUUCUGGUCUUUAUUUUAUUUGCAGCAGUGAUUAUUGUGCUUGCGUCGUUGACAAUCCGCAGUUUUUCCCGCUUUGGGAAUGGCUUUAUGAAUCCGUCAUUUCAACGGGUACACCGAAUGCUCUUAAUUUCCUGGGGGCUUCAGCUAGCCAGUCUUUUAAUUUUCUGUGUCAUCCCAUUUGUUUUAUGGAUUUUUAUGUUGAUCUUUCAUCCACCAUACGAGAAUUGUCUUCUGCUGAUUUCGCUGUGUAUGUGUGGCGUCCAUUCCAUGGUGGAAUGCUCAAUUUUGGUGUUGGUUAUCACUCCAUAUCGGAAGUAUCUCUGUCAAAAGGUUUGGUGUUUUCAAAGACCGUGCUGUGUCCAGACCGAUAUCUCAAUACGAGUAGUGUAUAUUAACGGAAAGACGAAGAAGUCGGUAAAAACGGAAAAAACAAGCGCUUUUCACGCCGUUUUCUAGAUGGAAUUGGUAAACUCAAAAAUGAGGGAAGACCGGUUAUUGUAAUGCUUAAAUUUUCGGUUGUAAAAUUUAUGCGGGCAUAAAAAUACAAAAACGUUUUUUGGGAAUAGCAGCACUUUCAGAACUGUUGCUUUCAAAAUACGUUGACAUCAGAAUGUGACAGUGUCGUGUUUGUUGUUGGCCUUGUUUGAUAAAACGGUAGUCCUUUGUGAAGUUUGCGGCGAAUGGCAGCUCAAAAUAGACCGAAAAUGUCUCCCGCCCACUUUUGAGUUUCGUCCAGACGAAGUGUCGCAGUUCACAAAAAAGAUAAAAUAUAAUUCGGAAAAAACGCUUUUCUUCUCGUUGAGAAAGCCUACGAAAAAUUCAUUUUUGACGUUUUGUUUGAGGUUAACCGGUAUAAGGUGGGCGAAGUGACAAGAUGGGACGGAAGACUCCGUGUGGCGAUAUUCUGUGAAUGAAAAAACGAUGUUUUUUCGAAAAACCCCAUAAAAUCUUGCAAAAUAACGGUUAUGGUCUCAAAAAUUAAAUUACAGCGACGGACCGGAUCCAGUGACAAAAAAACGUAUCAUUUUGCAUCCAGGAAGUAUCAAAAAAUGUAGCAAAAUGCCUCCCUCUCCAACUAAAAAGAAUCCUUUUUUGAAGGGUGCUCCCUCUCCCUUACAAAAAGGACGCUUUAGAAAUCGGAGUUUUUUCACAUCGAGGGGUAGGUAUUUUGCUACUUUUUUUAUACUUCCCGGAUGCAAAAUGGUGCGUUUUUUGCUCAGGUCCGCCACUGUAGAAGCAACUGACGUUUUCCGAAGACAAAACUAUCAUCUCACUCACAUGAUUAAUUUAGCCGUUACUAAAACCGCACUCUAAACGUGAUUUUCGAACGGUAAUUAAAGCUGCGCUAAUUACAGACUGGAGGAAAUGCGCGUAAAAACAUGUAAUACAAGGCUACAAUUACAUGUUUUCACAUCCUUGCGGCCGGGUCUGUUUCCCUUCCUCGUUGGCGGCUCGGGACUACAAUCUCCCAUUUCGCCCUCCCACCUGUACAUUUGCUAAAAAAUACGGUCAAGACGCAUACCAUAUUUUGGCGGAUGUGUAAAUUAUUUGAUCGUAUAUGGUCUUUAAAGUCGUUAGAGUAAUCGAGUAACUAUACGUGUGCGUCUCAAUUGUUCAACUGUUAAUGCGUUUACGAAGGUUGCCCAAAUUGGCAGGUGCUUUGUGAAAGUUACUCUAAUUACACCCUCAGGCAAUUGUAUCAGUCACAAGGGACCGGUGCGCUUUCCGAAUGGUGGAGCUUCCGGACCCGGUCUACAUUGAAUUCUACAGUAUUUUCCAGGGAUUGACCUUUGUUGUGUCCACUUUUACGGUAUGCCUUACGAUUUUCGUUGUGGCCAAGGUCUCUCCCAAAAACAUGGGUGUGUACAAGCUAUUCAUUUACAACGAAAUCAUUGCCAGCUACGCCUUUGAUGCCGGCUACUUGCUGCUGCAGCCGGUGACGCUGCUCCCAUUUAGUUGCGCUUAUUCGGCGGGCCCGUUAAGAGGCGCCAACUACACGUCAACCCGAACUCUGAUUAAUGUAGUUGUCGUCUUGUCUUAUUAUAAAUUCAUGUCGCUGCUAACGGCCUUGUUUUAUCGAUAUUUGAAAUCUUUGCCGCCUUCGUGGAGUGGGAUUCAGCAAUUUCUUGGAUACCCAAAAUGGCUGAAUAUUGCGUUGUUGGUUAGUACGUUUAUCAGCAUUGACGCAACGGUCCUUGUAAGUUUGCUUCGUUUUAAUUCAAUUUUUCAUUACAUUGCAUGUCUCAGGGGUUGGAAAAUUCGGCUAAAUCAACAUAAAACAAGCUUUGCGGGAGGCUCGAGAUUGUAGGUAUGCAGUAGCAUUUUUAGAUUUUUGGUUUUUGCUCUAUGAGUGGCCCAAUAGACUCCGGACCUUUUAGGACCGUAGAAGUGAUGUUUCAUAGAAAUUUUUAUAUUGACAACUCUUUUCUAGGACUUCUGGAAGUAUCCGAUUCUAUAUACUUAGUUCAAAGUGAAUCAAAAUCGGUGCUUCAAAAAUACAUAUUUUUGUUUCAACUUCAUAAAAGUUUCGUCUUUAGUCUAUGUCCGGAAUAAGUGAGUAAAAAAUCCUUGAAUCUCAAAACAGCCGGUGACUUGAAUUCAUAAGGAAGUUGACAUUUACAUUCCACAAAUUGUGAGAAUAGUGCUGUUAGAAAACCCGAAAAAAGCACGUACUUUUGUUUGCUUACCUAGAAAAUGGGGCUAAAAAUCAUUGCCCAAAACAAGUUUGUAUGGCUUUCAAAUUGGGGGAACUUCAAUGGCUCCAGGAAACGUUUGAUUCUAUUAUCGAAGAAAUAAAAGUCAAAGCGUCAUAAAUUUUGUUUUCAGUGGACGCUAUCCAAAACCGAAAUACCUCAAGAUCAGAUAAAACACGACAUCUCGCUCAACCGCCCCGAUUAUUCCGACAUCAUUCGUAAAGAAACGUCAUUGGUUUGCUACUGGGUUCACGAUGACAAAUACGGAGGUCGAGUGGACUAUUUCAUUGCAUCCGUCGUCUUACUGGGUAUUUUCUUCACCUUGGGCGUGUCAGUGUUGGCAUAUUUGACGCUACGCAACUUUCUACGGACCGACAACAUUGCUCGCAUCUCCUUUCAACGAAUUCAUCGUCGACUCCUGCUCGCGUGGGCGCUGCAGUUGGCUAGUCUAAUUAUUUUCGUCGGCAUUCCUUUCUUUAUUUGGUUGUUUAUGUUAUUCAUUCAUCCCGCUUACCAAAACACGAUAAUUCUGGUGGUCUUGUGUGUAAUCGGUCUGCAUUCCAUGUCUGAGUGUGCAAUAUUGCUGUUUGUUGUGAAGCCAUAUCGAAUGUUCUUGCUGAAGCUCUCUUGUUUCAAGCGUUCGAAUCCGGUGCUGUCCAGGGUCAAGUUUUUCCAGGGAAAUUCUGUGGCAACGGACGAGAUUUUUUCGUAA